AUGGAGACUUACAGAGAGACUGAUGUACUCAUAAAGGAGCUGUCAUUAUUGCGUGAUUGUCAAUAUUUCCAAGGGAAUUUUUGGAGUUCUUCCAUUUGAGGCCUCAUCCACUCACAUUUGUUAAACCAAGUCUAUGAUGAUGCAACUCCUCAGUUGAUAAAACUUCAGAGUAUUGCUUAUUUGAAGCCAAAGAUUCUUAACAAUUUAUCUGUCAAGAUUAGACAGUUGGCGAGAAGGAGAAGAGUCAAUGAGUUUAUGGAGCACAGAUCCAAGCUGAGGUUCUACCAUGCAAAGUUUUACAACCUUACUUCUUCAAAUGUACUCAGUGUGAGACUGUAUCUCCCUGCGAUAAUUAGAGUUUUGAGCAAUCCUAUUAAGUAUUUGGGAUUUUCGAAGUUUAAAUUUAAUUCAAAGCACAUGAAUGUUCUCUUUAAAAGUCUAAAUGAAGUCUCCAGUGUGAAGUUUACUGACUGAUAUCUUGACCGAAUAGAAAUUAUGCUAUGUUUUAGGAGACCUAAGAGGGUCAGUCAUUUAUAUCUUGUAAAAUGAUACAACUUUUCUGGAGAAUACUUGAGUGAUGAGUCUGUUGAGUUACAGGCUUUUAUAUCUUUUAUAAGCAAAAUUGUAGCUUCUUCAUCUCUCACUCGAAUCGAUUUGGAAAUUUCAUCAACCAGGAAAGGGGCUGACUCGAUAAGAUAUUUGAUGGACAAUAAAGGGAUUUUAAAAACAAGUCUUUGAGUAAACUGGAUGUAUUUCUAUCAUCGCUAAAGUACAUAUUUUCAAUACAAUUAAUAAUCAAUU